UUGGGUCCAGCAUUGGAAGAGUGAAUGCCAGAGACAAGGACUGGCCACCCAGUGUCAUCACUUAUUCCAUUGUAGCUGGAGGAGGCACCAGGGAUUACACAAAUAUCUUCUGGAUCAAUCCAACCAAAGGAGAUGUGAAAAUUUUAGCUAGAUUAGAUUAUGAAACAACUCAGAAACACAUUCUCACAGUACAGGCCUCAGACCAAGAGAAGACUGCAACAGCAUCUGUAACUGUCAAUGUUGUGGAAGUAAAUGAUGAAGAACCAGUUUGUUCACCCAAUUUCUAUUCAUUUCAAAUCCCAGUCAGCUUAGCUGUUGGGACCAAUAUUAAUGGCUUCAGGAUUGAAUGUCAAGAUCGUGAUUCUGAUCCCAGGUCUUUCCGUUACUUCAUUAACGAAGGCAAUGUGAACAAUCAUUUCACCUUUUCACCAAGUGCCGGCUCCAACACAUCUCAGCUGAUUCUUGCAUCGCGGUUUGACUACGAGAGUGGACUUGAUACAAACUGGAUUUACAUACUACGCGUCUGUAUAACAGAUGACAAUUUAUUAUCUGCCAGGGACAAAACUACACACCUAAUUAAAACUGGAACAGUGACUUUAAGUAUCAGAGUUAUCCCAAACCCAACUACUGUCAUUACCACGACGCCUAGCUUCACUGUUGUGAUGAAAAGGGAAAACUCGUACUCUGAAUCGGCGUGGUACGUGCCGUUUGUCAUCACCCUUGGCAGUUUGCUGCUCCUCGGCCUGCUGGGAUACCUGGGGUUCUUGCUGGCGACGUGGGUCCGCACCUGCUGCCCUCCAGAAGGCAAAGCGGCCAGCACACCUCUGAUGAACACUCCAGAGAAUAAGAAACAUAAGAAAGAAGUGGUUGUGACAAUGACAAAGCUAAACACUAUCUUUGACGGAGAAGCCAGAGACCCAGUUACUGGCAAAAUGUAUGAAUUCAAUACACGGUCAGGGGCCCGGAGGUGGAAGAAGAGCAAUGAGCCCCUUCAGCCAGUGCUGGCCACGCAGGUAACAUCCAGUGCCACAGAUGAUAGUGGCCAAGGGACAGACAGAGCAGAGGCACCAAGCAAAAAAGAGCCUUCAGAGAAGAGGAAAGAACUGACCGCAGAGACAAAACCAGUUGCCGAGCCCUCAGCAGGGCAAUCAGAAACACCGGGCCAGGAUGGGCUGAGAGUACAAAAGCAGAAACAAGAGCGCCAGGGAAAGGGACCUACUGGAGCAAGU